AUGGAAGAAAGAGAAUAUGAUCUUCAAGUCGGACAAGAACUUCGUAUAGAAAUAGGUUUUGAACAGGUCCUCAGCAUUUUACUCGAAAUCGGCAGAGCUGAGCGCUUUGGUGAAGAACUUCCAGCAGGCACAUGGAGAAAUUUUUCAGGCCCAAACCGAUUUGCAAUCUUUACAUGGCAUGGCUGCAAGCUAAAAGUCGCAGGAACCUUUCUUAACGUCUACACAAGUACUACAGAAACCCCAAUGCCUGAUUAUCUGCUUGCUCACGGCCAAAUAAACCGUCUCCGCUAUGAAGCCUGCCGAGAUCGACGUGUCGGUCCCAAAAUUUUGGUUGUCGGAGGAAGCUGCUGUGGAAAAUCAAGUCUCUGCAAGAUUUUAUUAAAUUAUGCUAAUAAAUGUGGCUGGAGGCCGCUUUUUGUGGAACUUGAUGUCACAAAUAACGAUAUGUAUCUUCCUGGGUGUAUUUCUGCAGCUUCUUACUAUCAGAACACAUGGGAUCCAGUUUUGGCUUAUUUUUAUGGGCAUACGUCAAUCCAGUCACACAAUACAGAACUGUUUAAAUCACUAUUAGGGGAGCUGCUAAGCCAAGUAAAAACAAGAAUAGAGAAUGAGCUGCAGUAUUCUAAAGAGAACCAUAAAGAUUCUUAUGCUCCUAGAAACAAUGCCUAUGCAAGUGGAUGCAUUAUAAACUUCCCAGGGUUUUUAGAUCUUAAUUUAUGUGAAAACAUAUACUAUUUUAUGCGUGUUUUUUAAUAAAAUGAUUAUUUAAAAAAAAUUAUAAAUUAUUAUUAUCAGUAUAAUUAAUUUUGUGAUUGAUAAAUUUCAAACUGACAUUGUGCUUGUGAUAGACCAAGAAAGACUUGUAUCUUCCCUUCAGCAUAGAGGACUUGAACCAAUGCGGCUUGGAAAAUCAGGUGGGGUUGUACCUUUAGAAAACGAGUAUAAGAACAGACUGCAGCUGCAUGCGCUGAAUUCUUAUUUUUCAAAACAUCAGAUUCAUCAAAUUACACUAACUUUUGCAGAAAUUAAGGUAUUUAAAAUUAGUGUUCCGUCAACCCCACAGUCUGCUUUAACUUAUGGCGCUCUUCCUCAAGGUGAAGGCUUAUUGGUUUCACAGGUCGCUCCUACACAAGAAGCAUUAUGAAACUCAGUCAUGGGAGUUUUAACAGACACAGACGUCUUAAGAUCCUCCAUCUGUGGAGUCGUCCAUGUUGUAGAAGUUGACGAGCCUCACCAACAGCUGAAACUCCUAUCUCCUGGGUAUUUACAGUCGAAAAACUUUUUGCUAGGGUCUCUUAAAAUGCUUAAAUAA